AUGAAUGAGGUUUUUAGAAAGUUUCUAAGAAGGGGGGUGCUAGUUUUCUUUGACGAUAUAUUGGUGUAUAUCAAGGAAUGGGAGGAGCAUAUGGAGCAAUUGAAAGGUGUCUUGGAAGUUCUGAGGAAGCAACAACUUUAUGCCAACAAGGAGAAGUGUAAUUUUGGGCAAAGAAGCAUAGAGUACCUAGGACAUGUCAUUUCAAAGCAAGGGGUAGAGGUGGACCCAAACAAAGUGAAGAGCAUGCUGGAUUGGCCAAUUCCCACUAAUGUCAAGGGAGUACGUGGGUUCCUUGGUAUCACAAGCUAUUAUAAAAAGUUCAUCAAAGACUAUGGAAAUAUAGCUAGACCUUUGAUCGAGUUGACAAAAAAAGAUGGCUUUGGGUGGAAUGACCAGGCUCAAAAGGCUUUUAAGGAACUAAAGAAUAAGAUUACUUCAGCCCCGUCCUAA